CACUCGCGCGUUAGGAGGCUUGGGUGUGUUUGGCGCGCUGUCUUCCCGCCCGCGUCAGGGACCUGCCCGGCUCAGCGGCUGCCAUGGCGUCAGACGAAGGCAAGCUUUUCGUGGGAGGGCUAAGCUUCGAUACCAACGAGCAGGCACUGGAGCAGGUCUUCUCCAAGUAUGGGCAGAUCUCUGAAGUGGUGGUGGUAAAGGACAGGGAGACCCAGCGAUCCCGAGGCUUUGGGUUUGUCACCUUUGAGAACAUUGAUGAUGCUAAGGACGCCAUGAUGGCUAUGAAUGGGAAGUCUGUGGAUGGGCGGCAGAUCCGAGUUGACCAGGCUGGCAAGUCUUCUGACAACCGGUCCCGUGGAUACCGGGGUGGUUCCGCUGGAGGCCGAGGCUUCUUCCGCGGGGGACGCAGCCGGGGCCGUGGGUUCUCUAGAGGUGGGGGAGACCGAGGCUAUGGAGGUGGUCGCUUUGAUUCCCGGAGUGGAGGUUAUGGAGGCUCCAGAGACUACUAUGCCAGCCGGAGUCAGGGUGGUAGCUAUGGUUACCGGAGUUCCGGCGGGUCCUACAGAGACAGCUACGACAGUUAUGCUACACACAACGAGUAAAAGCCCUCUGCGUCCAGAUCGUCCUUCCAUGGCUGUAAUUAAGAUGGGGGAGCUUCGCUGAACGUUGUGUAGUGAGCACCUUGUUCCCACUCUUGUGGUCCUUUCCGUUCUGCCCCAUCGAGAUGGCCUCGUGACCAGACUUUUCUUUUUAAGGAAGCGCUGUCUUUUUAAGCAUUAUAAAAAACGUUUUUGAAAGUACUUCAGAUUUUACUUUUUUACAAUGAGCCAUGGGUUUUGGGUUUUUCUAAAUUGUCGGGGUUGUGUGGGUUUUUGGUUGCUCGUUUUUUUUUUUUUUUUGGGUUUUUCGGUUGUAUUGUUUUUUCUUUUUUGUGUGGUUGCCCAUGAAGUCUGGCACCCCACCCCUCCUGGGAUGAAAUGGACUCUAUUUGAGCAAGCCAUGGCUCUCCAGCUCCCCAGCUCCUCUGUGGAGCACAGCAGGUCCUGCCCACUGGGCACAGGUCGCGGCCCAUGGGGAUGCAUAGCAGUCCAGCAGGCUGUGGAAGUGUUUAUUUAUAUUGUCCUUUUUUUUUUUACUGAAGACAUGCAUACUCCAUCGAUGUUGUAUUCACAGUGGCUAAGGAAUUCUUGUACGCAGUUUCUUUGGCUUCACGAAGCCGAUUAAAAGACGGUGUGAAACGAACCUCACUCUGACCAUUUCCCUUUCAUUGCCGACACACUGAGCUGCGGCUCCGUGGCCAGCAGAGCAGCUAGGAAGGCAGGGCAGUGCGGGAGGCCCAAGCAGCCCAGUGGGAACGGGAGUGGGCAGUGUUGAGGGGUAGCGGGCGGCAGAGGCCUUGGCCAGUGUAGGGCCGGGUACAGGGAGGGCCAGUGAGGCUGCCUAGCGGCUGCGCCCGCCAGUUCCAGGCAUUCUCUGCUAGCCUCCGAAGCCGCAGCCCUCGGGGGACAGACGCGAGCCACAGACCCUCCGAGACUCGCCUGCUGCUCCCCCCGCUAGCUCUGUGCAGCUGGCCUGUGCCUCGAGGUAACACUUUCGCUCGUGUCGCAUCCCUCUGAUUUAUAGCUCACUUGGACGGAAACUUGGGCCUGGGGUUGACCCUUGCUUCCUGGAAGUCGGGUCAAACUGGUGGUACCUACUGCCAGUCCUCCCGAGGCCGGCCAGAGCCACCGGGUGCCUGCCUUUGUGGACCUGUUUUUGUUCCUUGCUUGACAGGCUUCAGACCCGCGCUGCUGUCCUUAGUUUUUGCCCAGAGUCCGUGAGGCUGCUGAGCAGGGCGAGCCUGGCUCUGCCCAGGGGCUGCAGAAGGGCGCUGAUGCCCUGGGCCUUGGCCACCUUGGGACGAGCCACGUGGGCGCCGUGAGGGUGGGAGCAGAGAGGCUGGGAGGCGGGAGGGCGCUGCAGAACCACGGGGACGCCGGGGUCACGCGCCUCUGUUUGGCAGGAUGAAGGGGAGCCAACCUGAACCAUGGGAGAAUGGCUGUGGCCGUGACUUCGGGUCCUAGGAGGCUCCCCAGGAGCAAGAGCCGCAGACUGCACACAGUCGGCCAGGCAAUUCCUGAGCUGACACCCGCUCCCAGGCGACACAAGCUUCCUGCAGAACCAGAGAACGAAGCUGGGGCUGGCGUGGUUGCUGGGGCAGAAUGUUGGGGGGCUGCCUGAAUAAAGGGCUGUGACCCAGAACCCUGCUGUGUUGCUUG